GGGGCGGGAGCGGGCGGGCAGGGCUCAGUGGGGCCGGCGGAGGCUCCUGCAGCAGCUUGCAGCAGUUUGCAGCAGCCUGCACCAACUUGCACCAGUUUGCGCCAGUCCGCCCCAGUUUGCACCAGUGUGCCGGCCGUGCCCGACAUGGAGGGUCACCGCUGGCUGCCCCUGGAGGCCAACCCCGAGGUGACCAACCAGUUCCUUAAACAACUUGGUUUAUAUCCAAACUGGCAGUUUGUGGAUGUGUAUGGAAUGGAUCCAGAGCUCCUGAGCAUGGUGCCAAGACCUGUCUGUGCAGUCUUACUUCUCUUCCCGAUUACAGAAAAGUAUGAAGUGUUCAGAACAGAAGAGGAGGAGAAAAUAAAAUCUAAAGGACAGGAUGUUACAUCAUCGGUAUAUUUUAUGAAGCAAACCAUCAGUAAUGCCUGUGGAACAAUUGGGCUAAUUCAUGCAAUUGCUAAUAAUAGAGACAAAAUGAACUUUGAAUCUGACUCAACCCUGAAAAAAUUCUUGGAGGAAUCUAUAUCUAUGAGUCCCGAAGAAAGAGCCAAAUACCUAGAAAAAUAUGAAGCUAUUCGAGUUACUCACGAAUCCAGUGCCCACGAAGGCCAAACAGAGUCGUCCUCGCCAUCCUCAUCACAGCCUCAUUCUAGCCACUGCAGAACGAAGGCCUCACCAUUGUGUCACCAUGCAUCCCUGCCUUGGGUCAAACGUAACCAUGUAGGUCCUGCCAAAGCUACCAGUCCAUCUCUCCGUCUUCGUCGCUGGCGGCCCUUCUUACGCCUACCAUCUGUGGGGCUCCAUUCUGUUGCACCAAGUAUAGAUGAGAAAGUAGAUCUGCAUUUUAUUGCAUUAGUUCACGUAGAAGGUCAUCUCUAUGAAUUAGAUGGACGCAAACCUUUUCCAAUAAACCAUGGGGAGACUAGUGAUGACACUUUAUUAGAGGAUGCGAUAGAAGUUUGCAAGAAGUUCAUGGAACGUGACCCAGAGGAAUUACGAUUUAACGCAAUAGCUCUAUCUGCUGCAUAGCUUCUCCCUGGUGAAAACACCGCUAUUGUAUUAUUUGUAACAAAACUAAAAUUCCUACCAGGUACUAAUGCUACAAAUUUUGAUAUUUUCACGAUCUUGUUGACCAAUUCUAGUUUACAUGGAUUAAACUUUGAAUUAAUCCUU